GCGCGUGCAUCAGUGAGCUCUGUGCGCUCGCGCUUUAUCUCCUCCACACGAGAUCGCCGGUACAACGCAGAUACACGUGAGAAGAAGAAAAGAAAACAGCAUUUAUUCAUCUAAAACGAAACCGACAGAAUUGAGGAUUAAACUGGUGUCUGACCAAAAUGUGGGAUAUUUUUUAAACAAGUCUCGCGCGCGCAUCACUGACCGGGGGUCAACCGGGAGGGAAAAGUGCCCAGGCGUGUAGAUACACGUGAGAGGAAGAGUACGUGUACGGGAACUCGAUAGAAUUGUGGAGUAAAUACAAAUCUUUAAAGGGUUGAAGUCUUAAUGAUGGAUAAGUGGAAAGGAGAGAAGAGGAAGAGAGAGAUGCGUCUCGGAUACACGCGCCUGGAGGAAGCUGCAUCUUAAACACAGCGCCAUGUCGUCCUGUGAUCUCAAUCCCAAACCUUCUCAAUCCCAAACCUUCUCAAUCCUAAACCCUCUCAAUCCUAAAACUUCUCAAUCCCAACCCAGCAUCGUGGCGUUGGACGCAGUAAAGAGCGUGAUGCCAUCCUGUGAAGAACAGCCUGCUGCCAUUGGCAUGAAGUCUGAUGCCAUUUUACAGUGAAAUUGCGUAUGAUGACUUCCUGCAUGAUGCCUAAACUCGGAGUGAACAACGUAAAGUAGUUUCCUAACGAGCAGUGUGACGUCAUCCUGGUAAUGUCACUGUGUGAUGCCGUCGUGAGAAGAAGACCGGUUUGAUGCCAUUCUGUGACAGAUGUGACAAAAUGUGUGAUGCCACCUACAGUGAACACGGUGAUGAGGUCAGUAAGCACUGUGAUGCCACCGUGUGUGCUGCCAUUCUGCAGCGAGCUGUCUCGUGCCUGAUACAACAUGCCCUCACACCGUUUCGCAGUGGAAAGCACCAGGCUCACCUGCUCUGACUUCUGAGUGGCGUCAUGAACUUGGCAGACGUGCUCGCGUGCAUCGCGGUGCUCGCUGUCCUCGCGGUCUCGCUGCUGUCCAACGCGCUCGUGCUGAUCUGCUUUGCGUGCAGCCCCGAGAUCAGGAAGCGCGCGGCGGGCCUUUUCACGCUCAACCUGGCCACGUGCAACCUGCUGCUUACCGUCACCAACAUGCCUCUCACGUUGCUGGCGCUCGCAGGCCACGAGGAGCCGGGAGGUAACGGGCUGUGUCGCGCGGCCGCCUUCCUCGAGACUUUUCUGAGCGCCAACGCCAUGCUCACCGUGGCCGCCCUCAGCGUGGACGGCUGGAUGGCGGUGGUCUUCCCUCUUAGCUACCGCUCCAGGAUGCGCCACCGGGAUGCCAUGCUGGCGCUCACCUACGCGUGGGCGCACUCCGCGUGCUUCGCGGCGGCCGCAGCGUGCCUCUCCUGGCUCGGCUACCACAGCCUCUACGCGUCGUGCACGAUGCGUUCCGCCUCCACCUCCAGCGUUCCGUUCUCCGCGUUCACGGUGGCCUUCCACGCGCUCACUUUCCUGCUGUCGCUCGUGGUGCUGUGCGUCGCCUACCUCAAAGUUCUCCGAGUCGCGCGCUUCCACUGCAAGCGCAUUGACGUGAUCACCAUGCAGACCCUCGUGCUGCUCGUGGACAUUCACCCUAGCGUUCGACAGCGAUGCCUGGAGGAACAGAGGAGGCGACGGCAGCGAGCAGCCAGAAAGAUCAGCACGUUCAUUGGCACAUUUGUGCUUUGCUUCACACCCUAUGUAAUCACAAGGCUUGUGGAACUUUGGCCUGCAGUUCCUAUAAACCAGCACUGGGGGGUGCUGUGUAAAUGUCUGGCCUACAGUAAAGCAGCAUGCGACCCCUUUGUCUACUCCCUGCUCCGGCACCAGUACCGCAAAGCCUGCACCGACAUCAUCAACCGCAUCUUAAAACGGAGAUCUAUGAACUCGGCAGACGAAUGGCAGCGAGCACACGGGCCCAACACCGUGGUUCAGGCCAUGGAGCUGCCAGGAACGCUGAAGGAAUGUACAGCGUAAAAAACCCAAAAGAUGUUGGUGUGAAGACGACGAGGAGCUUCUACACGCAAGAAACACGAAGAUUCCUCUCGACUUAUCAACGGAUCCUACCAAAAGCAUUCACUGGAGAAUCAAACGCUGUUCUUUAGAAGAUGAUUCAGUUGAGUUCUGGAGAAACUUUUGGAGAUCUCAGGUUUCUACAAUGUUCAGAAGAGUUCUGGAGAGUCAUUGGAUAAGAACAUCCAGAACUCUGCAUUGUCUAAAAAAGGAUAUUUUUAGAGUUCUGGAGAGUUUGACCUACAGUACUACUAUGAAGGUUUCAGAUGUUUGGAGUUGUAUUCUCCAGGAGUUUUUCUGAUUUCCAGAGAAUUUCAGUCUUUACAGUUUAAAGUACUGGAUAUUUGAACUCCUUAGAGCAGUAGAUCCUUUGCUUCACUGGAAUGGAAGAUUUUGUGUUAUACAUUGGUCCAUCUUCUGGACCAAAAGGUCAGAAAGAGUUCCAUCCUGGAGGAUGAUAUGGUUCUAAGUGGUUCUACAGAAUUCUAUUCUCCACAAUGGUGGAUUCUAGAGAGCUAAAAAAAAAAAGACAGUUAUAGUAAUUCCUGGUUAAUUCGGUUCUUUAUAGCGAAACAUUUUUACAAGGCUUCCAGGAGUACCAUUAAUCUAAAAUACAAAAAUUCUAGAGCCUAGUUCUCUAGGUUGAAGAGCUUUAGAGAGACAACAAUUCCUGUAAGUGGACCGUUGUGUAGAGUCGUGUAGAGUUAUGUCACAACAUAUAACUAAAAAAAAGCCGAUAACUUAGAAUUCAAGGACAAUUCAAGGAGAAUUACACAACAUUAUGGAGAGGGGAUGAUUUUAUAGAGUUGUAGCGUUCACAGAAGAAUAUUCUCGAGAGUUUGUUAGUUCUGAGAAGUUCUAGAGUGGAACGUUUUAUCGAGUUAUGUUGUUUAGUACAGAAUAUUCUAGAGAUUUUACACAGAGGCUUCCAUCCAUGUUACAUCCAAAAAGAAUUCCAGUUUGCACGAUUCAACAGAAUUCUGGAGUUUACCAAAUUAUAUAGAGCUAUGUUGUCCACAGCAGGAUCUUCUCAAGAAUGUCUAGAAUGAAAUAUUUAAGUGAGUUCCAAAGAUUCCAUUUGUUCUGGAAAGCUCUUAUAUCUGUAGAAAACAAGAUCUGAACAUGUUCUGUUCUACAGGAACAUGAUCUAUUCAGAACAUCUUCUACUGAUUUCUCCCUCUUGAUUUCGACUUCAAGGUUCUCCAAAGGAGUUAUCAACAUCACG